AAUAACUGUGUCCCAGAUACAUCUGGAGCUCCCAAAAUCUCACUUCACUGUCUGCCUUACUGGGAGCGAUGUCUUUUAUCCACGUAGAUAAGAAUUCAGACUUCCCCAUUCAGAACCUUCCGUAUGGGAUCUUUUCCACAUGCGAUGAGCCAAGACGCAGGGUAGGAGUUGCCAUUGGAGACCAAAUCUUGGAUCUAAGUGUCAUCAGACAUCUCUUCACUGGUCCUUUCCUAUCUAGUAACCAAGAUGUUUUCAAUCAGCCAACCCUUAAUAAAUUUAUGGCGCUCGGGCACAACGCUUGGACAGAGGUUCGACACUUCCUUCAAAAACUUCUAAGCACGCCUGAGCCAUUACUGAAGGACAACAAAGAACUCCGGGAAAAGGCUUUUGUGCUACAAUCCAAAGCAAUUCUUCACCUGCCAGCAGACAUUGGAGAUUACACAGAUUUUUAUUCUUCAAAGGAUCAUGCAACAAACGUGGGGAUUAUGUUCAGAGGAAAGGAUAAUGCUCUGAUGCCAAACUGGCUACACCUUCCUGUUGGGUAUCAUGGUCGGGCAUCCUCUGUAGUGGUGUCAGGAACGCCAAUCCGAAGACCUAGGGGACAAAUUAGACCAAAUGAUGACCAGCCCCCUAUAUUCGAGGCGAGCAAACUCCUGGAUAUUGAAUUAGAAAUGGCUUUCUUUGUGGGUCCUGGCAACAAUCUCGGAAAUCCCAUUCCUAUUCACAAAGCCCACGAGCACAUCUUUGGGAUGGUGUUGAUGAAUGAUUGGAGUGCCAGAGAUAUUCAGAAAUGGGAAUAUGUUCCACUUGGGCCGUUUCUGAGUAAAAACUUUGGAACCACCAUAUCUCCCUGGAUUGUGCCAAUGGAAGCUUUGAUGCCCUUUGUCCUGCCAAAUCCAGUUCAGGACCCUGUACCAUUGCCUUACCUCCGGGAUGAAAGUGAUUACACCUUCAAUAUAAACCUUGACGUAAGCAUCCAAGGAGAUGCAAUGAAAGAGUCGGUUUCCAUAUGCAAAUCAAAUUUCAAGUACAUGUACUGGACCAUGAAACAGCAACUAACUCAUCAUACCGUUACUGGCUGCAAUGUCCGGCCUGGAGAUCUCUUGGCAUCUGGAACCAUAAGUGGACCUGAUCCGGGGAGUUUUGGCUCCAUGCUGGAGCUGUCUUGGAGAGGAUCCAAACCAAUUGACCUUGGAAAUGGUCAUACAAGGACUUUCCUGAAAGAUGGAGACUCAGUGGUUAUAACAGGUUACUGCCAAGGAAAAGAUUAUCGUAUUGGAUUUGGACAGUGUUCAGGAACUAUUCAGCCUGCUCUGUAGAAGACAAAGUUUGAGCAGAGAUGAGCCGCUCAAAGCAUUUUUGGAGUACUGAGUAACUAGCAUAAACUGUUAAGAUAUUGCUGUGGUUUUCAACGUAGUAAGUCCUCAGCUCUCCUCAUUAAGUGCCUUUUUGUAUGGACACGUGAUAUUGGCAUACCAUGACCAAUGACGAGGGGAAACCGUUUAAUUGUCAUACCUAUGGGUCCUGAUGAAAAUAAAU